AACAAUAUUUUAAUCCAAUGUAGAUAUAUAUGUUCAGACUUCAGAGAGUUAUAGAUACAAAAUUAUGUAUGUAUUGAUUGAACAGAAACAUCACUUACCAACCCCCAUUAAUCUCUAUCUCUAUCUUUAUCCCUCUUCAUUUAUAUCCAUUACAAUCGGAGUUUCAUAAAAUAUCUUUUAUUUUCUUUCGUUUCGAUUUCAACCAUUUUAAGAUUUUUCAUCCUUUUGAUCCUUGAUAUUCACAGAGAAAAUGUCCCAUUAUCAAGCAGAAGGUGCUGAAUACAUGGCUGACGAAUAUGAAAUGGAAGAUGUUGAUGACGACAUGGAUGAUGAGUUACGAGGAAGAGACAACGGUGGCUCGGACUCUGAUGUGGAUGAAUAUGAUGCUAUGAAUAACAAAAUGGCAGACACUACUGCCUCCCAGGCUAAGAAAGGUAAAGAUAUACAGGGAAUUCCUUGGGAAAGGCUUAGCAUCACCAGAGAAAAGUAUAGGCAGACAAGACUUGAACAGUACAAGAACUAUGAAAACAUUCCUCAAUCUGGAGAAGGAGCAAAGAAGGAAUGCAAAAUCACGAAGAAAGGGGGAUUGUAUUAUGAGUUCAGACGUAACUCAAGAUCAGUGAGAUCAACUAUUCAUCAUUUCCAGUUGCGGAAUCUGGUGUGGGCUACAUCAAAGCAUGACGUUUACCUAAUGUCACAUUUUUCUGUCAUCCACUGGUCUUCUUUAGCUUGCAACAAGUCUGAGGUUCUCAAUGUUUCUGGACAUGUGGCACCAUGUGAAAAACACCCUGGAAGUCUGUUGGAGGGAUUUACUCAAACCCAAGUAAGCACAUUAGCCGUAAAGGAUAAUUUGCUUGUUGCUGGAGGAUUUCAGGGAGAACUUAUAUGCAAGAAUUUAGAUAGACCUGGAGUUUCCUUCUGUUCAAGGACUACUUAUGAUGACAAUGCUAUUACUAAUGCCGUGGAUAUAUAUAAAACUGCCAGUGGUGCAGUUCAUUUUACUGCCUCAAAUAAUGAUUGUGGAGUUAGAGAUUUUGAUAUGGAGAAGUUCCAACUUUCUAACCAUUUUCAUUUUCCUUGGCCAGUAAAUCAUACCUCUUUGAGUCCGGACGGUAAGCUUCUAAUUAUAGUUGGAGACAAUCCUGACUGUAUGUUGGUGGAUUCGAGAAAUGGGAAGACUGUUGCGCCGUUGCGUGGUCACAUGGAUUUCUCAUUUGCUUCAGCCUGGCAUCCUGAUGGCUUAACUUUUGCCACUGGGAACCAAGACAAGACCUGCCGGAUAUGGGACAUGCGAAACCUAACAAAGUCAGUUUCUGCCUUAAAGGGUAAUCUUGGAGCCAUUCGGUCAAUUCGUUACUCUUCAGAUGGCAGAUUCAUGGCUAUGGCGGAGCCUGCAGAUUUUGUCCACGUCUUUGAUGUUAAGAGUGGAUAUGACAAAGAGCAGGAAAUCGACUUCUUUGGUGAAAUUUCUGGAAUGUCUUAUAGUCCAGAUACAGAGUCCCUUUUCAUUGGAGUGUGGGAUCGUACUUACGGGAGCCUACUAGAGUUUGGGCGUCGCCAUGAUUACUCAUAUCUUGAUGCUCUGAUAUGAGCAUGAUCUGCAAAUAAGCAAACGGACAUAGCUUGCUGUCUCAUUUUAGGCAUAGCAAUGAAAGCAUCUUGGCACAAUCCUGUUGGAUCGCAUAUAUGAGCUUAGCAAUGAGCAUUUUGGCAACCAGUACAGUUGUAGAUUCCUAGUGUUGUCGGUGACUCGGUGUUGUCCGAUGGUGUAGAUUGCCAGUGUUGUCUAAUUAGAGUUUAGUUUUGUUGUAUAUUUAGAAGGGAAGAGGUGUACAAAAGGGUAGGAGACCUUGCCCAUGUGAGCAAAAAUGUAAAAUACAGUACUUGGUGGGUAUUUCACUAGUAUACCCAUCAGUAGAGGAUGAAACUGGCUUGCCUUGGAUGGAUUUAACAAGGAUAUUUUCAGAGUUUUACUUUA